AUGUCCCGUCAGAUAACAGCCCUCUCCGAACUGCAGAAACGCUUCUCCUUUCAGCUCUCUUCGGCCGGUCAGCAGCAACUGGAGCUGGAGAAUGAAUUUUCCUUCAACGCCGAGGCCCAGCGUAUAGUGUCCGUGAAUUCGGCCAAUCUUGUCGCUGCCUUGGAGGUCUUUUGUGGUGGGCUGGACACCUUCUGCAACCGCACAGUACCCGACACCCUCACCACCAUCCGCAACCUUGAGCAGUCUCGCAUCGUCUAUGAUGCCUAUCGGGGCGAUAUGGAACGUCUGCACUUAUCUGAGGACGCUCCCACAUCC